AAACGAUACCAUCCUUGUAUAUCAUUCUCCUUCUAUAUUUUGUCCCUCUCUUUGUUUAAUUAAGUUUCAUUUCAUUUUUGUUUUUUUGGGAGAAAUCAGUAGUCAUCAAUAUAUAACAUAUUAUAUGAUAUCCAUGGUUCCAUGCAUGUAAUUGAGUGUAAGAGGAAUAAUGGAGUGAAAAAAGUGCAAGAAAAGAGUGAAAUUAUGGAAGUGGAAGAUAUGGCUGCUGCAAAUAAAACUUCCAAAGAGGACAAUGAAGAAGAUAUAAUUCUUCCAGGAUUUCGAUUUCAUCCAACUGAUGAAGAGCUUGUUGGGUUUUAUCUACGACGCAAAGUGGAAAAUAAAAGAAUCAACAUCGAACUCAUAAAGCAGAUUGACAUCUACAAAUAUGAUCCUUGGGAUCUUCCAAAGGUGAGCACAGUGGGGGAUAAAGAAUGGUAUUAUUUCUGCAUGAGGGGAAGAAAAUACAAGAACAGUGUAAGACCAAAUAGAGUAACAAGAUCUGGAUUUUGGAAAGCAACUGGGAUUGAUAAGCCUGUUUAUUCUACUACGUCCAAAUCACACAUUGGCCUCAAGAAAUGCCUAGUAUAUUAUAGAGGAAGUGCUGGCAAAGGCACAAAAACUGAUUGGAUGUUGCAUGAGUUUCGCCUCCCACCAACUUCCAACCUCCACCUGCCCAAUACUCACCAAGCUGAAGUUUGGACCCUAUGUAGAAUAUUCAAGAGGACUUCCAAUUACAAGAAACACACACAAGAAGUGAAGCAUCCUGUGGUUUCACUAAGCUAUGGUGAUGCAAGUUCUAAAGCAUGUAGCCUGGAAUCUGAGAACAGUACUGAUGACCAAUCUACCACCUUUAAAGAUAUGUCUUUUCAACAAGAAAAUUAUAAUGCAACAAUUGGUGACAAUCAAAUGGAUGAAAGAAACUCUCAUUUCUAUAUCAGCCAACAAAAUCUAAUCUCUCAGUCUCCAUUCACAUCAUCAAGUUCAAGCUUUUGGAACACAAAUAGUCACGAUGAGUACUUGUUCAGUGAUGGGAAUAAAUGGGAUGAGCUCAAAUCAAUAGUUGACUUAGCAACAGAUCCAUCUAUUAGUUACAGAUGUAGAUAAAAAAAAAUAUAAAAAAAGGUGAGCUUAGCGUACGCAGAGUUUUACGUAAGUGGUAUUGACCUAUUAUCACAAGUCUUCUUAUAAGCAGGUUUAGGAUACAUAUUUGGUGCUGUAAUGGUUCCAAAAUUUUUAUUCCUGCCCGUAUAAUAUACUGUGAUGGCUCCAAAA